AUGGCUCCCAGCACCAUCACCGCAGCCCGAAAGGCGAGCAAUCGCCAAAGAUUUACACCUUCCAAGGCCAAGGAUGCCCUGCUAUUUCCUCCCGAACAUUCGCUCGAGACAGAUGAUGAUGCCGACUCUGGCGCACUGCAGCCCGUAGACGUCCCCAGUGCCGAUGAGGAGGGUUCUGGUUCAGAGGAAGAAGACCAGGACGAUGAGGAUGGUGACAGCACCGAGGCCGAGGAAAUCGACGACGACGACGACGAAGAAGAAGAAGAAGAAGAAGAAGACAAAGAGCAUGUGAAGAUGGUUGUCGACAACAAGGACAAGAAAGACAAGAAGGAAAAGGAAAAGGAAAAGGAAAAGAUAGUGUUACCAAAAGAUGCAGAAGAAGAAGAGCUCGAACGUAUCAUCUUUGGAGACAACGCGGGGUUCAGAGAAGGCAUCGAAGGCUUCUCAUUGGAUCAUACCGCUGGAAGGUUUGAGCAGGAGUCGUCCGAUGAACAGGAUGACAAUGAAGAUUACGAGAAUGCAGACGACCAAGAUUUGUUCUUCUUCGAUGCCGGCCCAACCGCUGCUCCUGCAGCAUCUGGAACUGUUCAAACAGCAGAAGAACCGGAGGAUGAGGAUGACAAGCCUGCUUGGGAAGAUAGCGACGACGAACGUCUAGUCGUUAGCCUUGCCACCGUUCCACGAUUGAGAAAGUUGCGAGAAACCGCCGAAGAUGACAUCGUCAGCGGAAAGGAAUACGUUCGUCGACUUCGGAAGCAGUACGAAAGACUAUAUUCCACACCCGAGUGGGCAUUGAAAGCGAGUGGAAAAUCAAAGAGGAAGAGGCAAUAUGCACUCGAGGAUGGUGACAGCGAUGCUGAGUCAAUGAGCGACAUGGACGUCGAUGACGAGGAUCUAUCAACACAACCGCUCGCGAGACUUCUCCAAAACGCCGAUAUCCUGUCAAAGGCGUCCAGAGUGCCCGCGAAGAGAAGGAAAUUGCAGGCAGGUACCAUUGGCGUACAGCGUUUGAAGGAUGUCAGCCAAGCCGCACCGUCUGCUGUCACUUCACUGUCUUUCCACCCGACAUAUCCAUUGCUGCUUUCGUCUGGACCCAGCUCUACAAUGUCUUUGCAUCACGUAGACCCCAGCUCGCCAACCCCACAUCCGCUGCUUACGUCUUUGCAUAUCAAGCGAACGCCCCUCACGACCACAGCUUUCCACCCGUCAUCGGCCGACUCUCGAAUCUUUAUUAGUGCUCGACGAAAGUACUUCCACGUUUGGAACCUUGCGACAGGUACCGUUGAGAAGGUGUCACGAGUCUAUGGUCAUCAACAUCAACAACGAACGAUGGAGUACUUUUCGCUGUCCCCCAAUGGGAAGUACAUGGCUUUGCGAGGAUCUUCCAAGAAGGGUGGUGGUGUCAUCAAUGUGCUGGAUGCUUACACGCUGCAAUGGGUCACACAAGUGCGCAUCGAAUCUAGGGGUGGUGUCGCGGACUUUGCGUGGUGGGGCAACGGGACCGGGCUCAGUGUGGUAGGCAAGAAUGGAGAGGUGACGGAGUGGAGUGUGCAAGAUGGAGUGCUAGGAAGAUGGGUUGACGACGGCGCAGUGGGCACCACGGUCAUUUCACUGGGCGGUAAAAGCGGGCAUGAUGGAUGGCUCGGCGGAGACAGAUGGGUUGCGGUGGGCAGUUCAAGCGGCAUUGUGAACAUCUACGAUCGAAGAGCAUGGAUAAAAGCGGACAGCCAGGGUCCGGACGCUGUGGCUGAUGACAACAACAACAACAACAUUCCAAAGGCUCCCAAGCCGCUGCGCGUCCUGGACCAACUGACUACGCCCAUCUCGCAUCUGGCAUUCACCGAGGACGGACAGAUCCUGGCGAUGGCGAGUCGCUGGAAGAACAAUGCGCUGAGGCUGGUCCAUCUGCCUUCGGCUACUGUUUUCAGGAACUGGCCAAAGCAGAAGACUCCGCUUGGUAGGAUCACGGCACUUUCAUGGGGCAGACCAGUUGAAGAAGAGGAGCGCGAAGGGAGCCUAGCGAUACUGGGGAUUGGCACGGAGAUGGGACGAAUCAGACUGUGGGACGUGCGAGCGUAA